AAUGCAGUCAACCAGACAACCCCGGAAGUGCAACAACAUAGGAAAUGAUCGCUUGCAAUAUUAUGCUUUUUCAGGAAAUAUACAAUUUAACGUUAAUAACGUUCUAAAGGAAAUCAAGACUCACUACAUUGUUAAUCGGUGUCUGAAUGACGACGGAUACAUCUUGAGUUCGAGGGAAACGCUACAUUCUUCAGUGUUUGUGGAUAUCACCAUGCGACAUGUUUUGUAGUAUUUAGGCUAUUUCAUCGAAAGGGACAUGAAGACAUGGUGCUGUGUGUAAAUGAAUUCAAUUGAAUUUGAGAAGAAAUAUAAAGGUAAAAUAACGCUAACAUUUGCAUAUUUGUCCAGACCUCCCAUCUGCAUGUGCUGACUAUAAGCAGAAUUACUACGUUCUGUGAUCAUUGCUGGUAACAAACAAGUCGGUGUUGUUGCACUUUCCGUCAUUUCGAAUGAACGACAGAAUUUACUUCAGUAAGAAAUAGGUCACUGAAAGUGUCACCUAAAUUGGUCUUAAAAGAUCUGUUCAGAUCCGAUCAAUCUUAACCUUGUUCAUAAAACGGGCCAGAAAAUAACAAGCAUGAGUUUCUUCAGUUUUGGCCAAAGUGCAGAAAUUGAUGUAGUUCUGACUGAUGCUGAGACGAGAAAGAAGGCUGAACAUAAGACUGAAGAUGGGAAGAAGGACAAAUAUUUCCUAUUUUAUGAUGGGGAGACUGUGGCAGGAAAGGUCAACGUUACACUGAAGAACCCUGGGAAAAGACUGGAACAUCAAGGCAUCAAAAUCGAAUUUGUAGGCCAGAUUGAGCUGUACUACGACAGAGGAAACCAUCAUGAGUUUGUCUCCCUGGUGAAAGAUCUGGCAAGGCCUGGUGAGCUUACUCAGUCACAGACAUUCGACUUUGAGUUCACCCAUGUUGAGAAGCCCUAUGAGUCCUACACAGGCCAGAAUGUGAAGCUACGGUAUUUUCUGCGCGCUACGGUGAGCAGGAGACUGAAUGACAUCAGUAAAGAGAUGGAUAUUGUGGUGCACACACUCAGCACGUACCCAGAGCUCAACUCAUCAAUAAAAAUGGAAGUUGGGAUCGAAGACUGUCUCCAUAUUGAGUUUGAGUACAACAAAUCCAAGUACCACCUGAAAGACGUCAUUGUGGGUAAGAUCUACUUCCUGCUGGUGCGGAUUAAAAUCAAGCACAUGGAGAUUGACAUCAUCAAAAGGGAGACAACUGGCACCGGUCCUAGUGUAUACCAUGAAAAUGACACCAUCGCCAAAUAUGAGAUCAUGGAUGGAGCUCCUGUCCGAGGAGAGUCAAUUCCAAUACGGUUGUUUCUGGCUGGCUAUGAGAUGACCCCUACCAUGCGAGAUAUCAAUAAGAAGUUCUCUGUGCGUUACUACCUUAAUCUGGUGCUGAUUGAUGAGGAGGAGAGACGCUACUUCAAACAGCAGGAAAUCACACUGUGGAGGAAAGGGGAUGUGGUGAGGAAGAGCAUGUCGAGCCAGGCCACCAUCGGAGCCCAGCGGUUCGAGGGCUCAGUCAGUUCAGAGAGCGCCCUGGAGAAGGCGGCGAGGGAGGACAGCGCCUAAAGCUGCCUCCACUCAUUCUCCUCACAGAAGACUGGCAGUGUCUGUGGAAAAGUAGUGGGGGCACCUGUCAGCUCACAUGAUCACUGAUAAAGUAGUCCUCUGUAUAUUAGGGCUGCUGAAUAAAGGGAUAAAGGAAGGAUGAAGGGAAGUCUAGAGGUAAACACCUGAACAAUGAAAAAGAACAGGGGUCUAAAAUCCCGCUGCAGGUCAAUUCCAUCCACACACAUAUCCGGUGAAAGUUAAGCCGGCCACUUGUUUAGAUCUCCCCCUGUGCGUGAUACCCGAAAAAUGGAAUAUUACACCCUGUCAUCUUCAAUUGAUCAACUUUCUUUGUCACAAAAUCUAUUUCUAGCUUUAGCUUUAUAUGAAUGGAUUCUAACUCCGUCUACAACACUGUAUUGUCAUAGGGAGUUAGUCAUGAGUAACAACGAUGCAUUUUGAAAACAUUCCAUACCCAGUCAAAUGCAUUCCUGACAUUUUAAUGUGGUCUGUCAUAAUGAAAUCUGAAAUUGUGUCUUUACACAGAUAGGUAUCCGUUGCUUCUCCACAUACACAUUAUCCUCUGUCCUUGUGUAAUGAUUGCAGUGAGAUCAAUGGAAGGUUUCUACUGCAUUGGAAGUGUCAUCCAAUUUCUUUGAGUGAGAGGGCUAGAUAAAGUAUUACUAACCCAUUCAUUUUAAAGUCCUGCAAAUAAGAGCUAUAGAACUCUCACCCUCUUAUACCAUCAUGUACAGUGAAUAGCAUACAGACGGUCACAAUAUGACCAUUACAUUGACAUGCUUUACCUAAGCAUUCCAAUACUGUUAGGCGGGAUUUGAAGUGCUUGUAUUUGAGGUCUGAUAUUAAGAAGUCUUCUGUAUCGUCCGUGUUAGACUUGAAAUGUCGUGCCUAAGUGUAUCUUGCAAAUUAAAUCCUGUUGCCUCAAUAUGUUUAACACUUCUUUUAGCCUGAAAUGUUCCUGUAUUUUUUUGUGCUCUGCAAAUGACUAAUUAUAGCCCCUUCCCCAAAACUGAAAUAAAUUGAUGCCAUAUG